AUGUCGGGCGAACACUCCUUCAUGGCAAACGCAGCGCCCACGGCGCCGCCGCCGCUGGCUGCACAACCCAGUAUUGGGACUCCCGAACGAGGCGAUAGUGACGACCGUUCCCCCGGCAGUGCCUCAGUCGAACCGCGUGAGCGCUCCACUGUAUACAAUACCGAAGAUGGCACUCCCUCCACCACCGUAUCACCCGCCUAUGCCGCCCAGCAGGCGACUCACAACGGCACCUAUGUGCAAUUCAUGAAACCCAAGUUUGCGCGCGCGCCGAUUAAAGAAGCCGGACGAGUCGCCUACCUGGGCGAGUCCUCGAAUUUGUCACUGCUUGUACAUGAUCGCUAUGGGACGACCGACGUUGUUCACUACCCACUGCCCGAGAACGUGCGAGGGGCAAAAGCGCGAGUCAAUGAGAUGGACAACAUGGAGAUUGAGAUUCUGCACCAGCGGGGCGCCUUCCUACUUCCCCCACGCUCCCUGUGCGAUGAAUUGGUAGAAGCCUACUUCAGAUGGGUCGCCCCAGUCGUGCCAGUCAUCAACCGGAGCCGUUUCAUGCGCCAGUACCGUGACCCGAAGAAUCCCCCGUCGCUGCUUCUGCUGCAGGCCAUUCUCCUCGCAGGCUCACGUGUCUGCACCAAUGCCCAAUUGAUGGACUCUAGCGGCUCAACUACGCCCGCAGCCAUGACCUUUUACAAGCGUGCAAAGGCACUCUAUGAUGCCAAUUUUGAAGAUGAUCGUGUGACUAUAGUACAGGCACUCAUCUUGAUGGGCUGGUACUGGGAGGGGCCUGAAGAUGUUACCAAGAAUGUCUUCUACUGGACACGAGUUGCCAUUGUCGUGGCCCAAGGCUCGGGCAUGCACCGCAGCGUCGAGGGGUCACAGUUGUCACGCUCGGACAAGCGACUGUGGAAGCGAAUCUGGUGGACACUGUAUAGCCGCGACCGGUCAGUGGCAGUCGCACUCGGCAGACCAGUAGCCAUUGAUCCCGAGGACUCCGACGUGGAGAUGGUAUCGGAAGAUGACUUCAUCGACGACGAGACAGACCACGCUGCCGAAUACCCACCGGAUCCGGUUCAUGUUCAGUUCUUCAUCAACUACGUCAAGCUCAGCGAAAUCAUGGGCUUGGUCCUAUCACAACAAUACUCGGUGGCGUCAAAACAUCGUAGAGCGAACGCUAUAGAUCUCACUCACAGUGACAUGGCUCUCGCAGAUUGGCUGCAACACUGCCCUCCAGAAGUGCAGUGGGAGCGAAAUCGGCACCACUUCUGGGCUGCCUUGCUACACUCUAAUUACUACACCACAUUGUGCCUUCUUCAUCGAGCGCAUAUGCCGCCAGCAGGCUCGCCAAAAGCCACUAAUUUGGACGGCUUCGGCGAAGAGCAUGCCUAUCCAUCACGGAACAUAGCUUACCAAGCGGCCGCCAUGAUUACCUCGAUCAUCGAGAAUCUCCGAGCCCACGAUGAGAUACGCUAUACCCCAGCCUUCAUCGUCUACAGCUUGUUCUCGGCUCUCAUUAUGCACGUCUACCAAAUGAAGUCAUCGAACAAGUCCAUCGUCUCAGCAACAGAGCAGCGGCUGCAGAUCUGCUUGGAUGCUCUCAAGGAGGUCUCCAAAGUCUGGCUUGUCGCAAAGAUGGUCCACACGCUGUUUGAAUCCAUUCUUGGCAACAAGCAUCUGGAAGAGCGUCUGCAGAAGGCCGCAGGCAGGAAUCACAAGAAGAACAAGGUCCCUUCGGUUCCACCGCCACCACCGCCAAAGCCCGCUCAGGAGUCUACUAAGCGGAAGUUUGAUGACAUGGAUUUGGGAUUCCCAGUACCCAGUGGACCUCCCGCAGCUCAGGUGUCAUACGAGCGCUCUAGGCCGCAGACUCCAGCAGUCACCCCCUCGCGUGAUCUACAACCACAGCCCCCUAUGCCCCAGAUGACGACAGGAUCUCCACAAAUGAACCGUCAAAACCACGACGCCUUCAUGGGGCCUUCUCGGUCAGGAACACGCCCUACAACACCUUUUAACCCAUCAUACUCGUACCCAGGAACACCGCCAGAUCUAUUCUUGGUUACUCGCGACACACCCAACAUCAGCCAAGAAGUAUGGCAGAAUUUCCAGCCUGACCAACUCUUCCCAGCCGACACACAGGUCAACUUUCCGCAAAUGUCUCCGAUGCAAAAUCAUAGCCUUGUAGACCCCGCUUUAAGCCAGCCCCAGAACAUGCCCAUGCCCCAGCAGCCAUCGCAGCCACCGGCCCCAGGUGGUCAACAGCAGAUGCCGGGCCAGCCAUCGAACGCAGGUCUGUCGGGAAACUAUGAACACAAUAACACCCAGGCCUGGCAACAGCAAAUGGAGAUGAUGUCACAGAAUCAACAGCAGCAUGGUGCGCAGGAUGAUGCAUGGAGUAGCAGUUCCGGUGGCCGGCAUAAUCCUAUCGUGCCUAUGAGCUUGAAUGUGGAUGACUGGUUCAACUUUUUCGGCAUCAAUGGUGAAGCCGAUAUGUCGCACUUAUUCCAGCAAGGACCUUCCUGA